AUCGUGUUUCGGACUUUACUAUUUUACCAAGCACAGCUGUUGCAAAGCUUCGUCUCCUCUGCGCUCUUGUGGGUCAGCCGGUCGGCCAUUAGAACGAUAGGCACAAAGGAUUUCUCCUUGUAUUUGAUUGUCCGGUUAUAACUGUGAUAAUUAUAAUUAAGCGCGUUUUGGAGGCAUUGUAAAUUGUAAAUAUUUCCGCCCACACGACAUGGACCAAACUAAUCCACAUUAUCAGCUAAUCGAUUUAUCAGUCGAUAGUGUGCACGUAGCGAGCUAGUCCUCGUAAUAUUUUAAAUAAUUUAGCACCCACUCGGUGUAAAACCGAGUUGAAGUCGGUCUCAGAUUCCAAUUGAUUUUCUCAACAGCCUCGCUUUCCCCCCAGCGCGCUAGCUCUCCUCCGAAACAUCCAAAUCUCAACGUUACUGCGGUGUUUGCAUUUUAUCAGCUACGUUGUUUAUUGAUUGCAGCUAUUAGAAGCCGUGGAAACGCGAUGCUGUGUAGCAUUUCAUGAAAACUGAAAAUUCCUAGGUCACGUGCAUUAUGCGGGAAAAACGGUGCUCCCGUCGCUGUUAAUAGACUAUUAUUCACACGCAAAUCAUGCGAGAUAGCUCGACUGGGAUCCCAGACGUCCGAGUAGCCCCUGUUGUACACGCACGUGGAAAUUGUUUACACGAUGACAGCAACAGGAGAUAACAAAAGUGGGCUUGGUUGUGACGGACGUCUAGUGCAUGACAUGAUCCCAAAGUUUGAUUUCAGCCUCAAGAGGAGGGUCAUUUUGAUAGGCGGCCUCCAUGGGGCCUUUUUGGGGUACGGGAUGUUUGAGGCCAUCCGCAAGAUCAUUGAAGAAGAGAGGCCCCUGACCCCAGGAGAUGUGGCCUAUUUGCUCAUACACCUCCUGUCGCACCUCUUCCUAAUAGGAACCUUAGUUGCGGGCGCUCUUUUUGGCAAUGCACUGUUACUGCUACCCUGGUUGGUGGCCAUUUUUCCCGUUUUUGCGAUACUUUCCUAUUUCAUAAUAAUAUUUUCCACCUUAAGUUACGUUUCUCAGUUUUUAUUCAACAUUUUUUUCAUAAGUGUCAAUUGGUAUUUGUGGUUUACCGUGUAUCAGUACUUCCGACAAUGUAAAAACCCAAAUCACAGAAGAGAAAAUAAUUAUAAACUGUUAAGUGGACCUUGAUUCCUCAAGGGGGAUCGCCUUUAGAUCUUUAAUACAAAUUAGACGUGCCUAAACAGACUGUGAUCACCGACAAUAUGUACAAGUAUUAAAUAGUUUUAGUAACGUAGGUUUAUUUAAUAAAGUAUUUACGUACGUCUUUCAUUCUUCCCUGUUUCCCUUCGAUGUAAGUUGCCAGUGUUACGUAAUUUAGUAACAAACACUUGGUUGCAUACGAAUUACAGAGUUCUUCAUCAGACUCGUAAAAAUGGGUGAAUCACUUCGUACAUACGUAAAUUGUAAACAAUCAUGUUCGUUCGUUAAGUACGUGUGAAUGGCCAGAAUUAAUGUAAAAUGUCGGCAAAAAUAAUUCCAGUGCCCAAAACCUCUAUAAAGCGCCUUCAAGUCUCGUCUUUCUGGAGCAAGUACUUCCCCACUGACCCAGAAACGUGUAACUUAAGAAUGACGGUUACUGGUUUGGUUCUGUCAUUUUUAGCAGUGGCUGUUAUUUUCGACAAAUUCGGUGAUUUGCGUGUUUUUGACUCAAUUGGAGUUUUCCUAGUUUGUGGAUACAUUGUACUAGUUGCGUGGGUUAGCUAUGAGUUCUACAAUGGUUUAAAAAUUGCCGAUCCGAGGCGAUAUACCACAUGGAUUAUCGUCAAGGUGUUUGAAAUUUUUUUGAUAGUAGCUUCUUGUGUAUAUGGGAUUUAUGAUGGUUCUUUGCCGGUGAUACUUGUCUUCGGUGUCAUCGUUUUAAUGCUUGAUGGUUUUCUUACUUUUGUCGUCCUCAAAUUAUGGCAAAGGCAAUUGGAUCGACAAGGGACCUACACUAGUAUUAAGAGGAGCAUGACCCACGGUAUAUCCAUGAGGGUCUAGUAGUUAGUUUUAAAACCAUUUUGUAAUAAUGACUUUUGUCAACCUAACCCAAUAAAGACGUUUUUGCCACGCUUUGUGUCAUUUACCCUUGUCAGCAUGGUACGUCUGAUUGAGUACAAAAUCCUCCUAUUCACGGUUUCCGUUACGUCUUUGACAGUUUGUUCUUUAGUAAUUUCAAUUGGAGGUCUUGAGAUCUACGUGGACCUAAAGAAUCUUAGUGCAGGUGACGGUUCUGCCUCCUUCAUGACGCAUAAACUAGUCUCGUUUGCGAUUCUCUGCACUGCAAAUAUUUUAAUCUUUGUAAAUAUGGCAUACAUGUCAGUUCAUGCUUUACGUGCGGAAAGGUACAACUGGUACGUCAGUUGCCACUACUUUUUAUACAUUGUGUGUGAAUUAGCCUCUGCUUUAGUCAUUUUUACCGAAUUUGAUGAAUUUUACCAUCCGAUAGGAUUAGCGAGCUUGGUCGCUGUACAGUUUGUAUUGUUAUUUAUGAUCACCUGUUUUGCUGAGUUGAUUUUUGACAGAGUUGAGGAUCUGCUUGCCGAAGAAAAUGAGAGUCUACUUCAUAAAAGAACCGUAGCUACUAUCAGAAGACGCACCAAAAAGCGUAUGCCGUGUGUUAGGAUCGACUUGCAUAACACCAAAGGUGCCGGUACUUCUCGUCAAGCAAAAUUUAAUGUCUCGACAUUUUAUUAACAGCUUAAUAAAGAUUGAUAA